AUGGAAGUCUCAAAUGAAGCGCAAAAAUGUAUCGGGAUGAUGGAAGCGGGAAAGGGAAGUAAUGCAGAACAGGGGUGCAAAGAUUCAUCGUGUGGAAAAGCAAACAGUGAUAGUAAUGAGGUAGGAAGUAAGACGGAAGAGGGGGAUACAAGUAACACCGGAAAUUGCAAUAACAGCGAAACACUUAAGACAAGCGAAGGGACAGGCGGCAAAAACGAAAGCGACAUGAACCAAAAGAAAAGCGACAUGAACCAAAAGAAAAGCGACAUGAACCAAAAGAAAAGCGACAUGAACCAGAAGAAAAGCGACAUGAACCAAAAGAAAAACGACAUGAACCAAAACGAAAGCGAUAUAAACAAAACCGAUAAGGGGAAAAAAAGAAAAAAUUCGAAGAAAAAGUAUUAUAGUAAAAAUAAGAAGCAGGCGGAUUUGUGCCCCCCAGAAAAAGCGCCCAUCCAGGAGAACGGCUGUCCUAGGAACAGCAGCAACCUUGGGGAGGGAAAAGCAAAAGGCGAGGAAGGUACAAAAAAGGGUGAAGCAAAUAAUGCCCCUAAUGUUGAAUCGGCUGAAAAGGGAGACGAAGAACAAGUGGGCAAAGGGAGCGGCAUAAAGGGGUAUAAAAAUGGACAGGAAGUCGAAACGAGUAAUGUUAAGGCGGAUGAGGCGGGGCCGGGCAAAUCCGCAGAUGGGGAAAGAAAGACAAAAAAAAAAAGAAAAAAAGCCAAAAGGAAAAAGAAAAAGGGUAAAGAUGCGAGCGAAGUCGAUGGUAAAGGAGAUAGCAAAGGAGAUAGCAAAGGGCAUGGCAAAGGGCAUGACAAAGGGCAUGGCGCAGCAGGUGACGAAGAGAUUAGCGGCUUGACAAAAGUUAAGGACACGCUCCCAAAUGAUCACAGCAAUGAAAAUGCCAGUACCACCACGGCAAUUAGCACCAACACGGAUUGCAACGCAAGGGGGAAGAGCGCUGUCAAGGGCACCAUGGACUCUGAGAACCUUUACAGCAAUGACCUUACGACCAAUCCAGUGGCAGACCAAAAACAGAGCAAAAAGAAGAAAAAAAAAUCUUCAAAAGGGAAUCAAACUGUGCAGCAUGGUAAGGCACAAAAUGGGGAGGAAAAUCUCAAUUUUGCAAAAAAUAAAAAGGAACACCCCUCUAAAAAGACAAGCGUGAAUCAUCACGCCGUGUACAAAAUACCUAGCAGAUGUAUGACCAAAGAUCAACUUAACAAUCUGGCAAAUUUGAUUUAUAAAAAUAGCAUUGGUUAUGGUCUCCCCCCGAAGAGUGUAGCUAGUAACUUCAGUUCGAAUGCAUGUGAAGGUUCGUGUAGUAAUCAUCCCCUCAAUUUUCUGAACAUGCAGACUAAAAGGAACAUGCUACAAUUGCCGAAAAGCACAAAUUGUAAAUAUGGCUUCAGUGUGGACAAUCAGGGAUACUCAAAUUACUUGUACGGGUCGGUCCCCCUCCGCAGCGCAAAUGAGUGCUACGAUUUUUCGUACGUGGACGGGGUUCCCGGUGGCGUGGGGAAUUUUUUCUACGGAAGCGACCUGUCGAGGAAUGCCCUAAUGGAGAGGGCUCUCUCGUUGCACGGCAUGUACAGCGUGGGAAGCGCAAGUGCUUUGGGCGAUGUUGGCGGUGUUAGCGGUGUUGGAGGCGUUGGCGAUGUUAGCGGCGUUGGCGAUGUUGGCGGCCUUAGCAGCUUCAGCGGCGCCACCUUUCGAAGACAACGCAAAAUGCCACCGCGGGGAAACGACAGCUUGGCGCGAGGUGCGAAUUACGAAUUGGGCAAGAAGAAAGCGGAUCUGCAAAAUGGCCACAUGAUGACCAGGUUCAAUUCGGCUACCCCCAGCACGAAACAUUUGCACUAUGAACAGAAUCAAGAGGAUCUAACUUUCAGCAAACGAGAUAGUAAGAACAAGGGGCACUACCACAACGCAAGUAGAAGUGUGUCCAGGGGAGGGCAGAUCCUCCAGGGGGGCGUCAGCAGCACGAUGACUGUAGAGAAAAUGGCCAACAUUGGCAACACAGUGAAGGAGGAAAACUUUUCCAGCGCAUCCAACUUUGCCUACUUUAGCAAUGGGGCAAACCUAAACAUCAGAGGGAAGUACCCCCAGCAAGGGAACAUCCAACUGAGCAACAACAACAGCCCUGUGAUCCCAGGCAUGCGGAAUGAUAGCACCUACGCAUACAUGCAAAGGGGUAAAAUGCAAAACAAUGUUGCUAAUAGUAGAAGGUUUGUACCAAACGGGGGAGGAAGGGAAAACUACAUGUGUGAGAAGAGUGCAGAGGGAGGAGUAGCAGCUAAAGAGAAGGAAGAGACCCCCAAAGUAACUGACCCAACUUGCGAAAGAGGAAGAGCUACCAACUUUGAAGUCAAUAAAGAGAUCCACAAAUUCAUAGAUUAUUGUGUGAAGAAUUAUGGAGAUAAAUAUAUUGCGAAUGUUUUGCAUGAAUUUUCUCCAAACGGAAUUGGUGAUAAGUACGAUGAAUUGAGGAACAUUUUCAAAAUUAAUAUAAGUGAGGAAAACUUGAGCACUUUGCAGAUGCUGGAGAGGGACGGGAAUGGGGAGCUGCCUGCGUUUUUGAAGGGCCACCCUAAGGUGGGGGGGGAAGCAGAGGCGCAGCAUGGAGAGGUGGAUAGGGGGGAGCAGCUGAAGGGGGAACCGCUUAAAGAGGAGCCGCUUAAAGAGGAGCCGCUUAAAGGGGAGCCGCUUAAAGAGGAAUCGCUUAAAGAGGAGUCGCUUAAAGAGGAAUCGCUUAAAGAGGAAUCGCUGAAAGGGGAACCGCUUAAAGAGGAGGCGCUGAAAGGGGAACCGCUCCCCGGGGGACCGCUCAAACAGGACGCCCCUCCAGGCGACGCGCCGGACGCAGGGAACGUGUUCGAGGGGGACCCGGCCCUGAGCGUGACGAUCCCCCCGGGACUGAGCCUCCCAGACAUAAACCGAGCCCUGCUGCACGGCGCGUACUUAGACAACAUCGCGGUGGUGAAGAAGUGCCUCGAGAAAAACGCAGACAUAAACUACUUUGACAAAAUCGGAAGGAGAGCUUUACAUUAUGCAUGCGCAGGUGGAUACUACGAGAUAUGCCAGCUGCUGAUAGACAAUGGAGCCAAAGUGAACGUGUCGGAUUACAAGCACUGGACUCCCCUACACAUAGCCGUUACGAAGAUGCAUAAAGAAAUAACAGAGCUCCUACUGAAGAACGAUGCCAACAUACACGCGAUGCUACCCCAUUCGUUGUCCCCAAACAGGGGAAAAACUACGGCCAGCAUGUGCAUUCAUUUCGCAGCCAUUAAAGGGAGCAAAGAAAUAACAGAGCUGUUGCUACAUUAUGGGGCCAAAAUUAAUGACACAGAUUUGUCCAAUAGGACAGCUCUACACUAUGCUGCCUAUCGAAACAAUUCAGAUUAUUUGAAGUUUUUAAUUUAUGAGAAAAAGGCCAAGGUUAACAUCUUUGAUGUGCACAAUAGGUUGCCUAUCCACUCGGCCUGCUUGGGAGGAGUCCUAAAGAACGUCCAGUUGUUGGCAGAGAACAAAAGCUUUCUGCAGAAGAGGGACAUUUACAAUAUGAGUCCAAUAGAUAUCGCCACUAUUAAGAAGUUUAAGAACAUAAGGAAGUUCCUGGCCAAGUACAUUAAUGAGAAUUUUAACCCCAGCGAUGCGGAGGAGGGGGAGGAGAAGAAGAAGAAGAUGAAGAAGAACGAGGGGGAAGGGAAGAGCGAGAUGGAAGCGAAGAACGAGGUGGAAGCGAAGAACGAGGUGGAAGCGAAGAGCGAGGUGGAAGCGAAGAGCGAGGUGGAAGCGAAGAACGAGGUGGAAGCGAAGAACGAGGGGGAAGCGCAGAACGAGGGGGAAGCGAAGAACGAGGGGGAAGAUCCGAAAAACACGGGAGGAGAUGUACCCUCCCCCGUAGAUGAAGGCGACGAACACAAAAUGGACCCCAAAGAAUUCUACAAUGACAAUAAGAUGAUUAAAGAUAUUUUAACGACGACCAUCAGCACCAUCCUGAAGGAACGAAAUCGGGACCAAAUCAAAAGAGUAGUAGACGCCUUGGGCGUGUACAUAUCCUUGAGCCUUUUGGAGAAAACCAUUUUGAUCCAGAACUAUGGAGGUAUAGACAUGGUUAGUAAGGAGGGUAAGAGAACCAACGGGGGUGUCUUCUUUUAUCUCAUAAAGUACAUGUACAAAAAUGAUAUUAUUUCUAAGUUUAAGUAUGACUACAUUGUGGAGGAGGAGAAGGAGAAGAAAAAGACUUAUAGGAAGUUAAAAAAAAAGCUGCUACAGGAGGAGGAAAAUGCGAAGGGUGGCAAUGUGAAGGGUGGCAAUCUGAAGGACGUCGAUGGGGGGCUCGGCGGGGAGGUUCCCCCCGAGGGGAAGAAUCAGAAUAAGAAUAAGAAUAAGAAGAAAAAGAACGAUAAGUUUAUGGGUCAAUCGAAGGGCAUUCGCAAUGGCAGUGCAGCCUUUAAUAGCGCGAAAGGGGCUGCCAUGGAGAGUGUGCAAAAUGGUACUGUGCCGGUGGUCGGUGCUAGCGGCAACAAGGCGUCACCAGGUUACGACACACCGAAAACUACACGUGGUAAGAACGCCCUGAGUACCCAUAGCGGGGAAGUGAAGCAUACCGGUAGUGAGCAAGUGGUCUCAUUGUCCACAAUGGAAGCAGUCGACACAGUCCACAAAUAUAAUUUGAAUUCAUUAGCUACGAAAAAGGCGAGGAAUAACACACAUUUUGGUAAUCUGCAGAGUGACCACCCCCCCAAGGACCCACACGCGAGCAACGCUGAAGAGGGAAAAAAUAAAAAAAAAACGAAGAAAAAAAAAAAUAAUAAUAUUACUAAUAACAAUAUUAUUAAUAACAGUAUUAUUAAUAAUGAUAAUAAUACUAAUAAUAGGGCUCAUGUUGUUGGGGUGGACGCCCAAGCGGGUACCCCCAAUAACUGUCUGACAAAAGCGAAUGUGGGUUCCUCCUUCAUAAAUUUAGUGCAAAAUUCGUACGCCAGCAUGCAAAACAUGGUCAAGGCACAGGGUCAGAGGAAGCGCGCCUACCACAUGAACGGGGUUGCGUGCGAGCAGGGGAACUUUGAUUGGGGACAUGGUGGCGGUUGCAACGGUUUUGACGGUUUCGGCAACUUCGAUGGUUACGGCAGCUUCGGCCACUGGAACAGUGUUAUGAGCCUGAACUGCCGUCCCCCGCGCAGGAACCAAGUCAACAUGAAUAGCCUCAACCGUUGCAACCAGGUCAGCCGGAACAGCCGCAACAACGGCAACCAGUACAGCAAGUCAAUUCGGAGCUACCAGAAUGAGUUCCCAAUUCCUUAUGUGAACGGGGUGCAAAAGAGUGCCAAUGACUAUACGGGCUGCGCGGAGAACCCCGGGGGAUACCGACAUAACCAAAACGUGUACAUGGUGAACAAUUUGUGCAACCCACAUGGGAAUGGGAAACAGAAAAUGCUUUCAAGCAACAUGAACGGUGGACGCUUUCGGGGCUACCCCAAGAUGUAG